AGACUUGAAACAAAGGGCUGGGGCUGGCUCAGGAGCGGGAUAUAUGGACAGUAAAAAGGUGGUCUGAUAGCGGAGUCCCUCAGUAUAACACACAAUCAGAAAACCAGUUUGGUGCCCCAAAUCAGAAGCAGGACAAACUCAAGUUCAAAUUUCAGAGUGAAAGUAAUUACGCAUUCUUGAAAAUAUGCAUUCUGAGCUUUAGGCUAUAGUUUGUUAACUAUAUUGCUAUAUUGUUAACUAUUGCCCUGGCAGAAGAAAAAGACUUUAAGAUGACAGAGGCCGUGAUUAAGGAACAGGGUGCUCAGCGUCUCUGUCCAACAAGGAACAACCUCCCUGCAAAACAAUCCUGUUGCCAAAAUGCUUCUUGCUACAUUAUUAUGUACGUAACCAGAAACUUGCAGGCAGCUGGAAUUGUGCAAUCUUUUCAGGCAGACUUAGAGAGCUCUCAUCCUUCAUAGAUAAAACAGCUGGAAAGCUGUUUAUUCAAAGAAUUUGUCCUACACCUGCUUCAAAUAGGGUUUUAAGAAAGCACAGCCAUUUCUGUUUGGACUGCUGAGGCGUACUGGAGGGAUAUCUGUGCUUGGAUUCAGAUAUUUGACUUUCCUGUGUGGAUUAAUGGUCCAGUCUGAUGAAGUGCUGUUAUCUGGUGCCUCAGCUCUAGUGACAAGACUCUUGACCUGCUGGAUCAGCUCCUUCUAGAUGCCCUUUGGCACGUGAGUACAUCAUUCUUCACGGAAAACAAAAAUCCCAAGUUAGUACUCUUGCAUUCAUUAACUAUUCCCUCUGCCCAGAAGAUUUUAUUUUCGGGAUGUUUACUUGUUUCAGUGGAUAUUAUGCUGUAUACCAUACUGGCUUUGCUAAAGGACAUCAUAGGACAACCUAUUAUUUCAGAAGACUAAGUGAAUACACUGGGAUGAGAAUUUCAAAAUGCUCUAACAAAUAGAGGCGUCUCAGUCCCUCUGGAAGACUAUGGAGCAGUUCAUAAGACUUCACAAGUCUGUGAGUUCCUGUGGAAGCACACAAGCACUCCCUGACCAAGCCUUGCUGAAUCAUUAAUUACCUCCUUAAGAAGGAAGCAAUCACUCAUGCAUGAGCUGUAGACCCCUGAAGAAUGGGAAGUGUCUGAGAAAAUCCUGCCCUGCCAAACCAGCCCUACAGUGAUGUGAUUUGAAAAUGCCAACCCCCUGGCAAAUAUGCUGCGACAAAAAAUCCAGAACUAAGAAUGCAAAAGCUGAAACGGACACUAUGGCAGAGACAAGUGAAAAAGUGCAGAUGAAAAAAGAAAUCACAUUACUAAAUGGAGUUUCUUUAAUUGUAGGGAACAUGAUUGGCUCUGGGAUAUUUGUAUCACCCAGAGGUGUUUUAAUGUACAGUGCUUCCUAUGGACUCUCUCUAGUCAUCUGGGCGCUAGGUGGGAUUUUUUCCCUGUUUGGAGCUUUGUGUUACGUUGAACUGGGAACAUCCAUCGUGAAAUCUGGAGGCAGUUAUGCCUAUAUCCUGGAGGCGUUUGGGGCCUUUGUGGCCUUCAUCAGACUCUGGUCUUCCUUGCUAAUUAUCGAACCAACAACUCAGGCAGUGAUAGCAAUCACCUUUGCUAACUAUAUUGUUCAGCCAGUUUUUCCCCAUUGUGAACCACCGUAUGAUGCAGUGAGGUUGAUUGCAGCUGCGUGUAUAUGUUCCUUAACGUUUAUUAAUUGUGUUAAUGUGAAGUGGGGUACCCGUGUACAAGAUGUUUUCACAUAUGCAAAAGUUAUGGCUCUUAUCUUGGUGAUAUCUGUUGGACUUUACAAAAUUGGUAAAGGGGAAACAGAAAACCUGAGAGCUCCAUUCCAGGGCUCGGCAACAAACCCAGGGAUGAUCGCCCUGGCUCUCUACUCUGCCCUCUUCUCCUACUCAGGAUGGGACACGCUCAACUAUGUCACCGAGGAAAUGCAGAAUCCUGAGAGGAAUCUACCUCUUUCUAUUGCAAUUUCAAUGCCUAUUGUAGCUAUUAUUUACUUGUUGACUAAUAUAGCAUACUAUGUAGUGUUGGACAUGUCAGCUCUCCUCACAAGUGAUGCGGUGGCUGUGACAUUUGGAGGUGAAACCCUUAGUCAUGCCAAGUGGAUAAUUCCUAUAGCAGUGGCCAUGUCUUGCUAUAGUGGCUUAAACUCAUCAAUUAUUGCAGCAUCUCGGCUUUUUUAUGUUGGAGCCAGGGAAGGACACCUCCCUGUCAGUCUGAGCUUGAUUCACAUAAAGUGCUUCACACCAGUCCCUGCUCUCCUGUUCAAUGGUUUAAUGACUUUGCUUUAUCUCCUUGUGGAAGAUGUUUUCCUCCUUAUUAAUUACUACUGCUUCAACUACUGGCUCUUUGUGGGUCUAUCUAUUGCAGGACUAAUAUAUUUGAGAUAUACUCAGCCACAUAGACCACGGCCUGUUAAACUUAGCCUCUUCUUCCCUAUAGUAUAUUGUUUGUGUUCCCUUUUCCUGGUCAUAGUGCCUCUCUACAGUGACACAAUCAAUUCCCUUAUUGGCGUUGGUAUUGCCCUCUCAGGCAUUCCUGCAUAUUAUUUGGGAGUCUAUCUGCCAGUUGAAAAACGACCUAAAUGUCUACUUUGGCUCUCUGCUACAACAACGAAGUAUGUUCAGAUGCUCUUCUACUGUGCUCUCUCAGACCUGGACAUAGACGUGGAACCCACAGCAGCUAAGAAGUAUUUUCUGCUCAUAACCCCAGACAGAAAACAUCAGUACAGCUGCAUCAGUCAAGCCAGGGUUGUCAAAGAGGAGGAGUCCCUGGGCAGUGUAGCUGUCCCAGCUACUUCAUCACCAUGGCGUGAGACGGAGCCUCACCAGCACUCUGGGGCCACUGACUGCUGCAGCCCACAGCUUGCAAGGGAAGCUGUUCCUCCACUCACAGCCAGACUCUCGGCAGAAACAGCCAAACAGCCCCAUGUUGCACUGGGAAGAGCCAUCUCCAACCUUUUGAGCACGGUGGUGACUGGGGGCUAGUGUGAGAGGAGCCUCGAAGGUGGGAGGGAGAGCCUCUGUGGUAUGUUCUUGGUGACUGCUUAUUUUCAGAGACUUGUUCUUCCAGAAAGCACUGAGAAUUUAUCUCACAUUAUAUUUUGUAUUGAACAUACACCAUUAGCUUUACAACUGGCUUUCCACAAUAUAUGUCUCUACUGGAAAAGAAUGAAACAAUUCUGGUAGAUCCAGAUGGAAAGUAUAAAAACACUGUAGGAAGUUUUGUCGUGAAAGAAGACAUAAUUUUAAAACAAAAUAUUUCUGCUCAAUAUUUUGAAAUCAGACUAUGAAGUACAGGUCACAAGAGCCUUUAUUCUUAAAUUAGUAUUCUCUAAAAGCACACUAUGCCGUUAUUGAAACCACUGGCUUUUCCAUGUUUUUUGUGAUUUUGUAGGAUGAAAAAAAAGGAAAGGCAUUUUUUUGAAACAUAUUGUUCUCGCUGCAAAUAAGACAGUUGCACAGUAUGAAUUGCUUUGGAUGUGUCUGGCUUCUAGUGAGAAGCUGAAAGAGAAACAACUUCAAGUUCAGGAAGCACUGGAGAUCAAGAACUGCUGCAACUCCCCAUGCUACUUUUUUUACUAUUAUUAUUUUAUUUUCCGACGGAGAAGUGCUAUCUUUCACAAAACUCAUGGUCUGCCUGAAUGUCACCCCUCCUUUCCACUCUUUUUAACCAAUGAACCCUCAGAAAAGGUUCUGCCCCAACUGGAUGUUCCUAGGAUACUUCUCUCAGAUGGGACACAGUGAGAUCGUUUUCACUGCCCUUUGCCAAAUAAUUACAAGCUGUUUUCUCUGGUGCUCCACUAAGGAAUAUGAUAUGUGGAAGUUCUCCUGCAAAGCACUGUCAUCUCCAAACCCUGAAGAAUUACAAGUGCUCAUAACACCACUUCAGUACAUCUUCCAAGGUUUAAUACUAAAUAAUAUUGCUGAUAUUAAUCGCUGUAAUAUUCAUGUUACAAGCAUCACAAAGGCCAAUUACCCACCUGUACUAUGUACUUGAAACUCUAGAGAUUUCCCUCUUGUGGAGCACUUGGUCAGGUAGGGAGAGAAUAUAUACCUGGAGCUUCGGGGAACAAGGAUUAGAGAAAAAUAUUUGGUUAAAAGAGAAGGUAUCAUAAGAGAGAUUUAUGGGAAACCAGGGAGAAGUGGAUUAUAAAUCAUUACCCAAGUGGAGGAGGCACAGUUGUCUGGUUAUUUAGACACAGACUGGAUUCCCUACAGUGAACAGGACAUUGUAGGCUGUUCACCUAGACAGUAUGGACACUAUUUCAGCAUUGUCACCAAGAAAGACCAUUGGUAGCAGAAGUGAAAAAGGUCAAUGAAGAUGAGGUUAACAAAUGUUAGCAAUGCUCAUACACACUGAUCGUCAUGUUGGGCUCCUACCUAAACAAAAAGAUUUAGGGAAAAGGUUAAAUGCAACACCAGUAGCAAAUCCUCCCCCACAUAGUGAUUCAUAAGUGUUGUUUUAACUACAGUGCAAUCAACAUUCUUGACACAUGGUGAUGCAGACUGUACAAAAGCUAAUCUUGACAUCACUUAUCCUCAUUUUUUGAUGUUAGGACCUGCUUUUUUAAAAAGCAAGGGUGUAUUUUUAAGGGUUUCUAUGUAUUAAUAAUAUAUUUUAUCAGACCAACUGCUAUGAGUAGAAAAACAGGUCAGACUGUUGGAUAUGCACAAUGUUGAAAUAGCAUAGCCCUUAUACAUCCUUCCCACUUGCAAUUUCAUGUGCUGGAACACGCAUUGAAAGAUUUAUUAGAAAAACAAUCCUGUUUUGAAAUAGGGCUCUCCAGAUCCUCCCUUCUAAUUACACAGGCCCCAGCCUUACUAAACCCACUAGGAGAGGCAAGUUGCCUGUGGCCAAAACAAACUAAAUGUAUUUAGGCCCUUCACAAGUACAAAACUCAACCAACAUCUCUCCACUACCAGCACAAUAAAUAUGCCUUAACACAGAACAAUCCACUCCUACGCCUGUAAUUCUGGGGACCUUUUGUCAGGUGCAUUGAGUGCUCUCAGGGUAACCCUGCAGGUGAAACUAAGAAACUACUGGGCACCAGAGAGAAUGAACACACACAAGUAAAGGACAGAAGUUCCCCAGUUAUCAGGGAGAGAGUAUUUCUCAGAAAAUAAUCACUGCAUUUCGAAAAUCUUAGGCCAGACCCUCAAGGAUUCCUACAACAUUUUCCAAAGAAAAACGUGGCUGCUUUCACAAAUCUGCUGGCUAGCAAAACCCUUGAAUUCAGAGACAGUGCUUUUGUGACAGAAAAACCUCCCACCUUCCCCUUGAUGUAUCUUUUCUUCAAACUCCUCUUUCUCUCACUGUUUCUUCCACUAACUUUCCCUUUGAGAUGGUCUGAGCACAAAUAAUGAGAUAAGACAAUGCACUCAGCUUGUACUUAGCUUUGAAGUCUUCUGCUUCUAUUUCAGACCUGAAAAAGGACUCACAUGCCCAAAAACUUGUCUAAUUUUGCCAGUGAUACAAGCUGGUCUAAUAAAAGAUACUGCUUUCACCAAGAAAAUCUGUCUUGAUUACGUCUUUAGGCUGUCAUAACAACAGCACCACCACCAUUAUUCCUCAUGUGACACAGUCAAUCAGUAGAUAUUUUUUGUCUUUCCAUAAGUGAUCCAUAAAGCUAAAAUAAACCGGGCAGUGCAUUUUUUUUAGACUGAUGGCUCAGAGAGACAACUACAAAUAGUACUCCAACCAGCAGAGCCAUAAUUCAGACAGAA